AUGGCUGUUAAUUUAGGUUGGUUGGCCAGAAAGAUUGUGAGAAAUUGUCCUCGUUUUGAGAUUCGCCGCUUCGCUGCGGCCACAGGAAACUGCUCCACUGUUCUGACCUCCGUUGCCUCCGAAAUAACAGAAUCCGCUUGUCUGGAUCUGUGCUUGGACACCCCCGGAUGCAGGGGAGCGGCUUAUGACGGCAACGCAAGUGUCUGCACUGUUUACGACUGCGGCGAUACAUUUACCGAUAGCGAUUCCGUUUUUUACCAGCGAAUAUGCGUCGAAGACUGCGAGCGAAACGUUACUCAGACCUGUAUCAACUGCCUUAUAUCUCCCGAUUGCCAAAUGCCCUUCGAAUUAACGCAUUACGUCGGAAUAGGCAGUGAUUGCUUGGCACAGUGCAAUUCCUCCGAUGAUUGUAGCGUCAGCUUGUAUUUAAGGUCCUCUUCUCGGUGUUACGUCUACAACUGUUCACGUCUCAGUUUGAACUGGGGAGGUAUUGCCUACAGGAAGACUUUCAACGCAGAUUGUCCUCGUUUUGAGAUUCGGCGCUUCGCUGCGGCCACAGGAAACUGCUCCACUGUUCUGACCUCCGUUGCCUCCGAAAUCACAGAAUCCGCUUGUCUGGAUCUGUGCUUGGACACCCCCGGAUGCAGAGGAGCGGCUUAUGACGGCAACGCAAGUGUCUGCACUGUUUACGACUGCGGUGAUACAUUAACCGAUAGCGAUUCAGUCUUUUAUCGUCGACUAUGCGUCCAAGACUGCGAGCGAAACGUUACUCAGACCUGUAUCAACUGCCUUACAUCCCCGGAUUGCCAAAUGCCCUUCGAAUUAACGCAUUACGUCGGAAUAGGCAGUGAUUGCUUGGCACAGUGCAACUCCUCCGAUGAUUGUAGCGUCAGCUCGUAUUUAAGCUCGUAUUCUCGGUGUUUGUCCUACAAUUGUUCAAGACUAAGUUUGAACUGGGGAGGUAUUGCCUACAGGAAGACUUGCAACGCAGAUUGUCCUCGUUUCGAGAUUCGCCGCUUCGCUGCGUCCACCGGAAAUUGCUCCACUGUUCUGACCUCCGUUGCCUCCGAAAUAAUAGAAUCCGCUUGUCUGGAUCUGUGCUUGGACACCCCCGGAUGCAGAGGAGCGUCCUAUGACGGCAACGCAAGUGUCUGCAAUGUUUUCGACUGCGGUGAUACAUAG